AUGAGCAUCGAACCUUAUGAUACGCUUUUGACCUUCCACGAUGAGUACCGGGCCGCGAGUGUCCAAGACUACGAGGGCGCCGUAACUGGCGUCUGGAACCUCCUCCUCAACCAUUACUUUAACCAAAAGGAUGGCUUUGUCCAUAGAACACAGGACAAAGUCGAAAGGGGCUAUGUUGAUAUGAACAGCUACUAA